CCUUAAAUCAAGCUUUGAAUCCUUCGGAGCCCAUGGCGUUUCCCGGUUUUCGGUCCCAAAGUGAGCCCGUGAAACAUGUGAUUUCGCUGGGCUGCCGCUGUUCCCAGGCGUCAGUGUACAGAGCUUUAGGCCAGCGGCGCUAUGCUUUGCCCUUCGAUUGGAUUUUCACUUCGCCCCAGAUGGUGACGCAUUGCUUGCAAGACGAUUUCCAGAGUUUUUUGGAUCGGCAGCAGUUGUACCAAAAUGGCAGCAGUUUCGAUGCCAUUGGCCUAAAACCGGGCUCUGCACCUCGCGAGAGGAGGUUGAUUGGGCAUAAACUCUACUCCACAUUGACUGCAGGGGUUGGUAAGGGUACCAUUUUCAACCACAGAGAUCCAUUGCACAAUGACGAGGAUUACCUCUACACUGUGAGAUGUGUGGAGCGUUUUCGCCUGGCUUUAGCAUCUGGGGAGCGGAAACUCUUCGUGAUGUUGAACUUGAACCGGCAGUUGUGGCUUGAACCAGAUAUUCUUCAGCUCUUCACCGAGCUCCAGCGUCGCAGUCGCAAUUUCUUACUGCUGGUGGUGGACUGCAGCUGCAAGAACCUGGGUGCGGCAGCAGGACAUGUCGAGUUGUUGUCGGAGUUGGGGGAAGAACAGAAGCUGCUGAUGUACCGAGUGCCCUGCUGUGGGGACAACACCGGCAGCUACUUCCGCAACGACUGGGAUGCGGAGCGCGUGAAGUCGCUGCUGGUGGAUCCGUUCACCUUCCACCUGAGCCCGGAUCCCCUGGAGGUCCAACAGGUCCAACAGGUCCAGCUCGGCGAACGUGGCGGAUACGGGGCGGAUUGCCAGGUUGACGAUGCCAAGGAAUCCACGGAGCCCAAGGGGACAGUGGUGCGCCGUUGGGGAAGGAAGACUUGAAGCGAAGCGGCGAAGCCAAAGGAAAAA